UCGCAGGAGGAGAGCGCUGACAUUCCGUUGUGUACACUAAAUCUCACACAGCAACUCAAGGAUGAAAAGAAUGAGGACGGUGGAUCAUUCAUGUCUGCUUGCACUCCAGCUCCCUUCUUCAUCUUCUCCUCUCUCUUCUCUGCCUCAUUCAAUGCCGAUCCUUUCUCUCCUCCUCCUUCCAAUGGCGCUGAAGAGAAGACAGCGAAUGGAUAUAAGGAGUCAACGACAGCGGCUUCUAUCUUCAUGGCCACGUCUGCAUUGGCUUACAGCAUCGUUUUCGCUUUCAUCUUCGAGAUUUGUCUUCUCCAUCAACGCGUGGAUGCAUUAGCUUUUGGGGGGGGCGCCGCCAUCAUCGUAGGCUGUGUGGUUUCCGUACGCAGCCAAAAUAUCUUGACAGGCCGCGACAAGGAGCGGUCAGCUGCCGAUGCGACGCGUGCUCCUGUUGCUUCAAUUCUCCUCGCUUUACCCUCAUGGCGGCCGCUCGACGCCGAGACCUAA